CCUGAGUUUUUCUUUCUUAUAGCCGCCCUCAUCAUCAUCGGAAGAAAAAAAAUAAAAAUUCUUCCUUCUUUUUUCAUUUAAUAAUUCCUUUAAUUCAUUCAUUUUAUUUUUCCUAUUCAGAAUUCUAAUCAGUAAACAGAGUUGCAAUGGCUACUCUCGUUCCACCCUUAGAUUCAAAGUCUCCGUCAGUCGAAUCAGAGAAAGUUGAUUACUUGAAUUUACCUUGUCCAAUUCCUUAUGAAGAAAUUCACCGUGAAGCACUCAAAUAGAGCGGAAUAGAUGUAGAAGAUUCAUGAAGUGGAUCCUGUAAUUGGGUCAUAGUUGAUUUCCUGUUGUCUGCAGAUUGCUUAGUGUAAAACUUAUUGAUUCUGUCUACUUUUAAAAAAAGACCAUAUUUGAUAUGGGCAAAAUCUAUGGAGUCAAGUGAUUCCUUAUAUUCCACCGUGUGGUUUCUUUGAUUAUUCCAACACACAAUCACAAGCGCCAUUCUUUUUGGUAAUUCUUUUACACAUCAAGUCAUCUACUCUUUGUGCAAUAUUCGGAAAAAGAAAAUUAAUUACUGACUGUUUAAGAUAAUAACGGAAGGGAAAAAAAAAGAGGAAAAAGGCAUACCUGCUUUUGGUGUGGAAAAGAAAACUUGGUGAUUCUUUCUAGUUUGAAGAAAAAACCAUAUUUGGGAAUUAAGUGGGACAAAAUAUAAAAAACAAAUUAAGAUUAAUUUUAACCAAUUUGAGUAAUUAUAUCCAAAUUUGACCCUAUUUUUUUGAAACAAGUAUCAUGCCCAAAUUUGACUUUGUCUACCAAAAGAUCCCAUAUAUACCACCGUGUAAUUUUCCAAUUCACCGGCUUGAAAGACAUACACGCAAUGACAAGCGCCAUUCUUUAUGGUCUUUAUACAUCUACUCUUUUUUCAAUAUAUCCGGAAAAAGGAAAGUUCCGGAAAACAAGGAGAAUUAAGUUAGCAAAGGGCAGAACAGUUAAUUAUCGAAACUCUGAUUCAUUGAUACAUAUAUAAUUAAAUAUCUAGCGCUAAUUAUUUUUUUUUUUUUCCUUUUAUAGCACAUACACUUUUUGGUUCUAAGACUAGUUUUCAUACUUUACUGACAAUCAGAUGAAAUUCAUGCUUUGAUUGAGCACUUAGCCGUAAUUGAAACAGACUCAACAGUAUGAAUCUUUUUGUUUGAGUACAUUCUUUAUGGUCUUUAUACAUCUACUCUUUUUUCAAUAUAUUCGGAAAAAGGAAAGUUCCGGAAAACAAGGAGUAUUAAGUUAGAAAAGGGCAGAACAGUUAAUUAUCCAAACUCUGAUUCAUUGAUACAUAUAUAAUUAAAUAUCUAGCGCUAAUUAGUUGUUUUGUUUUCUUUUAUAGCACAUACAAUUAUUGGUUCUAAUACUAGUUUUCAAACUUGACUGACAAUCAGAUCAAAUUCAUGCUUUGAUUGAGCACUUGGCCGUAAUUGAAACAGAAUCAACAGUAUGAAUCUUUUUGUUUGAGUACUUAGCCAUAAUUGAAAACUAGUUACAACUUAGCUUGUUGAAUUAAUAAAAACUACUCUGCUGGAUUUGUCCAAGAAGUUUCCGCUGAUAAUUUUCUUUUUCUGAAUAUUGUAAAAAGAGUUGAUGUAUAAAAGAAUUACCAAAAAGAAUGGCGCUUGUGAUUAUGUGUUGAAAUAAUCCAAGAAAUCACACGGUGGAAUAUAUGGAAUCACUUAAUUCAAUAUAUUUUGUCCGUACCAAAUAUGGAAUCACGGUGGUUGUCCCACUGAAUUUCCAAAUAUGGUCUUUUUUUAUAAGUAGAUAGAAUCACUAAGUUUUCCAUACCAAAUACAGUGUCCUUGAAGCCAGAGCUUUUUGAAGGAUUGCGUUUUGACUUUACCAAAGGACUUAAUCAGAGAUUUUCACUCAGUCAUAGUGUUCUUAUGGGGCCUACAGAACUUCCUACUCAGUCUGCAGACAUCGUCAAAAUACCAACUGCUCACUAUGAGUUUGGUGCCAACUUUUUAGAUCCAAAGAUGAUGCUUAUUGGGAGAGUAAUGACAGACGGGAGGGUGAAUGCUAGGGUGAAGUGUGAUUUGUCUGAGAAUCUUUCAUUGAAAGCCAAUGGUCAGCUAACCGGUGAACCACACAUGUCGCAUGGCAUGGUUAAUUUCGAUUACAAGGGUAAAGACUACAGGACUCAAUUUCAACUAGGCAAUGGUGCACUGCUUGGAGCCAGCUACAUCCAGAGUGUCAGUCCACAUUUGUCUCUGGGUGGGGAAGUGUUCUGGGCUGGUCAGCAUCGGAAAUCUGGCAUUGGUUAUGCUGCUCGCUACAAUACAGAUAAAAUGGUUGCUUCAGGGCAAGUUGCUAGUACGGGGAUGGUUGCACUGGGUUAUGUUCAGAAAAUUUCUGAAAAGGUGUCUCUAGCAUCAGACUUUAUGUACAACUACAUGUCUAGAGAUGUAACAGCAAGUUUUGGUUACGAUUACAUCCUUCGGCAGUGUCGUCUCAGAGGGAAGAUUGAUUCCAAUGGGUGCGUUGCUGCUUUCUUGGAAGAGCGCUUGAACAUGGGUCUUAAUUUCGUUCUUUCAGCCGAGGUCGAUCACAAAAAGAAAGACUACAAGUUUGGGUUUGGACUCACAGUUGGAGAAUAGAUGAGGCAGCUUAACAGCGAUUAGGUUUUAAUAUAUGAGCACAAGAUUAAAAUUGAAAGCAUCUUAACAAGUGAUUCGUUUUCUCGGCGAUAAAAGAAUCGAAAUAUCAGUUUUGUAUUUUUAUUUAGCGACAUUGUUUCUGGAGCAAACACAUCAACUAGUGCAACUGGUCACUAGUAGUUUAUUUUGCAAUUUGAGACAUUCUUUAGAUAGUUUAGAAUUGUAGAGUUGACUUUAUUCGAUAGAGAGAUCUACGAUUCUGAUUUUACUUUGUGUAUUGACGCAUCGGGGCUACUAUGUGCUUAAUAAUUCUGUGGUUCAAGUUAAUAUAGUGUUCAGUCUA